AUGCUGAGGGAGUUCAAGCAUACUUUUGUGAGAAGGACUAAAGCAAGACUUGAGUCAAAUCCAGAUGCAGAGGACACAACAGAGGGGGCAGCUAGUCCACUUAUUCCACCAGCAGCUCAGGAGGUAGUUGUGACAGCUAGAGACACAAAUGAAGAGGGAGACACAUCCACUGAAAGUGAUCACAUUGAUGAUGAUGAUUAUGUGAUUCAGCACAGGCCAGACAAAGGCCUAGCAAAGCCAGAAGAUGAGGAUAAUAGUGAUCAUGAUGAUGAUGCCAAUGACUAUGAAGAGGAGGUAGAGACAGAUCUUGGUGGUACACAGCGGACACAGGAUGAUAUCACUCCCCUAAGGCUUUCAAGCUUAGAGUCACACAUGGACCUCCCAAUAGGCCAAAGAUAA